AUGACUGUCGGGCAGCUCCUUAUAGAGGUGAAGACUCGCAUGGAGGCAUCAGAUCAUCGUUUCAUAUUCGUAUCACUCUCUGGUUCUCACAUUGUCGGCGAUGAGGCUCUUCCACUGCAGCUGUGGAAGCUUCGCAAUGCUGGCCGACCCCGAAUGAGCGACAACUCGGUUCGCAUAUCACCAAGCAACAUACCUCAUUCGACUACUCUCGAUGCCCUUACCUCCCCCUCCUUCGGCACCCUCCAUCGUAACUUUGUCAAUGCCGACAUCACAAUCGAACCUGAACAUCAUGGUGGUGAGAUGCUCUUAGUUUUGCACAUCAUCUGUAUCACCGAUUGGACUUACAUUAAGGAUGGUCGUCGGCAUCACCAUUGCUAUGCCCUGCUCCUCACCUCCCUAUUCCCUAUGGAUGCACCUGGUGGACAGGAACCAGAGUUGACAUCUGGUGGCGAGUCAGAUGUCGACACUGACAAUGAGCCGAUGGAAGGCCCUCAUGGGACUGUUCUCGUUCCAGCGACGCCUUCUCCACCCCGACGAGUCGCUACACCUCACAUUGGGGCAGCUACCUCACCCCCAACCUCAACCAUCACUCGCUCAUCAUCUACUGUCGUGAUGCGAUCACUUCCUGCAUUGAUCUGGCAGCCCAACAGUCCUUGGCAGCCAUCUCGCCCCGAAUCGGCCUUUGUGCGACAGCUGGGUCUGGCUAGUCUACCUGAAGGUGUCUAUCGCCUUUCAUCUCCUCUGGACCAGCAGCCAACUCCAAGACUUGUGGUCAUCGGUGGCCCUAAUGUUGCUGGGCUUGGACAAGCCUUCAAGACGAUUCUUGCUCGUGCUUGCAAGGAGCAGGAUUUUACACAGAUCUUGAACCCCAACCGGAGCUUUCAGAUCUCUCAAGAUGGCUCAUCUCACCCUGGCAGCACCCUCUCGCUUGGUAGUGGUGUUGAGCGAGAGGUGCUGCAGAAUCUCUUCGAAACCUAUCGUGCACAAGCUCAUCUAUAUUUUGCACCACGAGCUGAUGGGCACUGUACCAUUGUGACGAUCAGGGAUAUUGAGUCUGCACGAUUUAUACCCCAAGAGCGCCUCGACGACCUUGCUGUGCUCGGAGCUUUGUCGGCCCUACUGCUUGUCCAUGGUAUCGCUCCAACACCUCUUAGCCCUGUCGUUCUACACUACUUCGCCCACAACUGCAAUCUCCACUCUAUUCAUCCUGCUCUUUGUGCUGAGUGGCAUCCAGAGUUACGACUCCUCAUCGAUCGCUGGCUCUCUCUUGGUCCAAACGAUGAUAUCAACGACUUCAAUGCGCACUUCCUCUCUUUCCAUGCUGAACGACAUAUCGCCUGUGUCGCUGUUCGGGACGAGCAAUCACACCGUGCAUUGGCAGCAGAGAUGCUCUAUAAGGCAACAAUUGGUUCAGCCCCUGUCGCGGCGACUAGGCGCGUAGACUCGGGUCGACGUUCGGCGACGACCCCGUAG